AUUCGACAACUAACCUCCGACAGCCAGCCUUCCCCUUACCGUUUGGGAUUUGGGACCGACGCAUUGGCGGACACGUCCAUGCGGUCUUUCUCCGAAUCGCGAUAAUGGUGUCUCCCGAUUCUUUUUCUGCAGCUUAUACUAGCGGCCUGCGUCGACAACCUUCCUCCCGACAAAUGUCCCGCGCCUCGUCGAUCUCUCGCUCCGGUUCCAGGCGCAAUUCCCCCGAGCUCCAGAAUUUGGCUGCAUAUCGAAGCAAUGGAGCAUCGACCUCGAAGCGCUACUCUGCUGGGGACAGCUCCGAUGACGAAGUGCCGGAGCCCAAGUUCAGUGCCUCGGUGAAGGCGCUUCUCGACGAAGACGGCUUGGAAACUUCCCCACGUCUCCGGAAUGGCGGUCAGGGACAUCGCUACUCGAGCGAACGCGCCGGAUCCCCUGUGACAAGUCAAGAAAGGCGAUCGCGCACAACAUCUCCCCAUGAUCAAUCAAAUGGGAGUCCGGCACCCCGAGUCGUACGCAUCGCACCCGCCUUGGCCCCCAGCGCCAGGCCUCGAAGGGAAGGUUCACUGUUGUCCAAUGCCGAGAACGCAGAACCUGAACCCGAACCAAGAAGUCAAUCGGAGGACUUCAUCACGCCGGCUCCCAGACAUCGCAGCGUGCGCAUCAACGGGUCGCGUAGUCAGACACGCUCCCCAGCAUCGAUAUCGCCGUCUCAAAAGAGAUCGACGGAAAGGAGCUUCUCGGAUGAACAGGGAAGUGCGGAACGGUCAGAAAGCGAGAGUAAAACGAGAUAUGAAGAUGAUUACGCACCUCGCAUCGGCACGUCAUCAGUGCUCCGCACCCGUAACUUGGAGGACUACGGAGCGCAAAGUUCUUUACGCGUCAAAAGAGUCGGAAGACUCACUGGGACAUUUCUGAAUGGACCAGCGCGGCGCGGCGUUUUGCGACGACAAAGUGAAGAGAACGACGAGCUGCAAAGUUAUCUCCCCGAGCACGGAGUCAAGGACUCAGACCUAUAUCCGAACGACAACAGCGACGAAUACAAUUACAACUACAAGAAUACAGCGAGAUCGUCAUCACCCAAAGUAUCCUGGGCCGACCCCAGCCCGCCGCAGAGGGAGGACGACCACCGACCAGAGCCGAUUAGCACCUCAUCUGGAAAUGCACCUUUCUCCAGAUCCUCAUCUCCCAAAUCAUAUGGAUCGUAUUCCAAGGCAACACCAGGGUCAUCUUCGGAGAUGUCAUCCAAGCCCCCGAGCGGGAAGGAAAAGGAACAGCAACAACAGCAGCCUGUCUUCAAGGUUCCUCCGCCGCCCACGUUGCCUGCUGCUCGAGACCAGGAAAAUGACCCACCACCAACUUUCAAACGCGUGAAGCCUCAAGGCCUUAACAUGCUUGACAAACCCGAGAAGCUCUCCGUUGUAUACGGAGAAGAUAAGAAAGAAAACAUGGAACCCCCGGCGGGAAAUUCUCCGCGAAAGAUUUUGGCAACCCGGAGCAGCAACACGCCGCAUAGGCCGGCACCUCCCCCUCCCAAGAUGUCAGUCCUCGAGACAGCUACAGCUGGAGGAGCGGCCACGGCCUCUCAUUCUCGCAGGAAACGCAACCAGGUGUCAGUAAACCACAAGCCAUUUACGCGGCUGGACUGCAUUGGUCGUGGUGGAAGUUCGCGGGUUUACCGUGUCAUGGCAGAGAACUACAAGAUCUUUGCGCUGAAGCGAGUGAACCUGGAGGAUGUGGAUCCGGUGACCUUGGCUGGCUACAAGGGCGAGAUUGACUUGUUGAAGAAGCUGGAAAACCUGGACCGAGUGGUUCGUCUGUUCGAUUGGGAAUUGAACUCAGACAAGCACACACUCAGUGUGCUCAUGGAAAUUGGAGAAUCGGAUUUGGAAAAGAUCCUUACAUAUCGUCUGAACGCGGAGGAUGCCGUGUUUGACACUAAUUUCACUCGAUACUACUGGAAGGAAAUGCUCGAGUGUGUCCAGGCAGUACAUAACCACAACAUCGUGCACUCGGAUCUCAAGCCUGCCAACUUCCUGCUGGUUCAGGGCAGACUCAAAUUGAUCGACUUUGGAAUUGCGAAUGCCAUUCAGGAUAAUACGGUCAAUGUCCACCGCGAGCAGCAGGUGGGAACCCCCAAUUACAUGUCACCGGAAGCCCUGAUCGAUUCAAAUGCGUCCCUUGGCCUCCCAGCCAGCGUGGGAAAGGUGAUGAAACUUGGUAAACCCAGUGACGUGUGGAGUUUGGGCUGCAUACUUUACAAGAUGGUUUACGGUCAGCCACCGUUCGCGAAGAUCGCCAAGUACUACGAGCGUAUCCUGGCGAUUCCCAAUCCCCAUGUCAAAAUCGACUUCCCGUCGUACGGCGUGGGAGGAGUGCUGGUUCCGCCAGGGUUGAUCAAAACGCUGAAGCGUUGUUUGCAGCGGGACCAGACGCUUCGACCAACAGUCGAAGAGCUCCUCAGCCAAAGGGACCCGUUCUUGUAUCCCGAUUCACAACUCGAGGGGACCGUCCCGAUUACCCAAGAUAUGCUCAACCGAAUUUUGGUCAACGUCGUGAACCACUGCCGCGUUCGGGGCGUACCCAAGGACGAAGAUUUGGCUGCAUGGCCCGCUGGAUUCUUCGCCAAAAUCAAAGCGGCCAUGGAAGAAAGCUCCUGACGAUACUGGACUCGACCAUGUUUUCUUUUGUAAUAUUUUCUUGCUUUAGCCCUUGGUUUAUUAUGCGUUUGAUAUCCUGAAUGAUCCGAUGAUCCGGCGUUCAAUUCCUAACCACCUGGAUUGGUCUCCUUUGUGUGCUUAUUUUUCUUCGUCCUCUUUUUUUUCAACUUCUUUUCCACUUUGGACCCAUACAUUUACUCUCUUUUUUUUUGGCUUACCGGAUUUGGUGUUUUGUGGACGCGUUUCAGCAUUGCAUGUAGAUGUUUUAUACGUCAUGGUUGCAUUGGAAGCUGCAGUGAGCGGUGGUAUCUGUGGAUUAUAUU